AUGUCUACUGAAAAAAAAGAUUCUGGUGAGAAUUGGUUGGGUCUAUGUACGCCUUUCACAUGCCUGACUCGCAAAGAAAGGCCGACAGAGGAGUAUCAAGAAAAACUGAAUGCGGCAAUGACUGUGACAAAAGUUACUGCAGAGUCGAAUGACUCACUGAACAGGUUGGCAACUAUAUUUGAGAGGUUAUUCAGACUCGAUAGGCAAGUGAUUCAGCUUAAAGCCCGAGAAGCUUUUGUCAAAAGCUGUCUCACCGACGGUGAGCAGUUUAACAUUAAAAUAAUCGCAAAAGGAAUACAUAAUAUAGAUGACUUGACCAAACAAAUGGUCAAAGAACACGACAUUGACAAGGAGUCCCUGGUGGAAAUAUUGAACGGAUUGAAGCUUCCACAAAAGUCUAAGCUAACGGAUACCGUGAAAACUAUUACGUACCACUUAAUUAAUAAGCUCAGUUAUAUACAACAUGAUUUGGACGAUUCUCUAAGGGAAUAUGACUCUUUCCACAAUGCGUCAAUCGACGAAUAUGAGCACAUGCGCAAGCGUUUCUUUGAUCUCACCCUGCAAAGAAAGAAAAAGACGAACGGCAUUGACUUCUCAGUUUCAAAAUCAGACUUCAUGUUUAUCGUUAAUUCAAAAAACAGCAGGAUGGUCGACAUCAUAUUCAGCUUACUCGACAACGACGAAAAUGGGGUAAUUGAUUGGGGCGCGUUCGAGCUUAACAGCGGAAGAAUAUUAAGCGAUGCCAAAGGUUUUGUCUGA